AUGAGGUUCAAAUUCCCUCUCAUGGCCAUUGCCCUGGAGGUUGCCAUGAUUGUCUUAUUUGGAUUAUUUGUUCAGUAUGAAACGGAUCAGAAUAUUCGCCAGCCGCCCAGCAGCUCUAAUUCAACAGAAGUGAACAGAUUCUUUGAGUUAUACCCUCUGUUCCAAGAUGUGCAUGUUAUGAUAUUUGUUGGAUUUGGCUUCCUCAUGACUUUCCUGAAGAAAUAUGGCUUCAGUAGUGUGGGCAUCAACCUACUGAUUGCUGCUCUGGGCCUCCAAUGGGGCACUCUUGUACAGGGGAUCCUGCAUAGCCAUGGAAAGAAAAUCCACAUUGGAAUAAAAAACAUGAUAAAUGCAGAUUUCAGUACAGCCACAGUUCUGAUUUCUUUUGGAGCUGUCCUGGGGAAAAUAAGUCCACUCCAAAUGCUGAUCAUGACAAUCAUAGAAAUUGCUGUCUUUGCUGGUAAUGAAUAUCUGGUUGCUGAGAUAUUUAUGGCCACUGAUAUUGGAGCAUCAAUGACGAUUCAUGCCUUUGGGGCUUACUUUGGCUUGGCUGUAGCAGGUGUCUUAUAUCGACCAGGCCUGAGACGGGGACAUGACAAUGAGGAGUCUGUGUACCACUCGGACUUGUUUGCGAUGAUUGGGACUCUUUUCUUAUGGAUAUUUUGGCCCAGCUUUAAUUCCGCCAUCGCUGAAGCUGGAGACAAACAAUACCGGGCCGUGGUAAACACAUACUUCUCUCUUGCUGCCUGCGUGCUCACAGCCUAUGCAUUCUCCAGCCUCGUUGAGCACCGAGGCAAGCUCGAUAUGGUACACAUUCAGAAUGCAACCCUGGCUGGAGGCGUUGCUGUGGGCACUUGUGCGGACAUGGCGAUCCACCCAUACAUUUCUAUGAUCAUUGGGAGCAUCGCAGGAAUGGUCUCCGUACUUGGAUUUAAGUUUCUGACUCCAGUUUUUGCUACUAAACUGAGGAUCCAUGAUACAUGUGGGGUCCAUAACCUGCAUGGCUUACCUGGUGUGGUCGGAGGCCUCGCAGGCAUUGUGGCAGUGGCCUUGGGAGCAUCUGACAUGUCUACCCCAGCCAUGCAAGCAGCUGCUCUGGGUUCUUCCAUCGGAACAGCCAUUGUUGGAGGGCUGAUCGCAGGUUUAAUUCUAAAGUUACCUAUCUGGGGACAGCCAUCUGACCAGAACUGCUAUGAUGAUUCUGUCUUCUGGGAGGUCCCUCGGUGGAGAGAACAUGACCAUCAUUUCCAUGAACAUAAUGGCCACAACCACUUGGAACCUGAACUCUAAGUUUCAUUCCUCUGCCUCCGCUUCCUUUCCCUUCAUCUAGAAUCAAGUUUAAAUAGACA